AUGCUGCGUCCCGACGCGGCCACCUUACCGCCGCCGCUGCCACUCAGUGCCGAGGACCUGGCCGACGCGACAACGCCCUCGCAGCCCGCCAAGGUGGCGCACCACCGCUUCAAGCCCAUCACGUCGCCCACACUGCCGCCACCGCCGACCACGCCCUUCGUCCGCAGCUUCGUGCCGCGCAGCAAGGCCACCAGGUCGCCGCCAGAGCUUGACGCGGAGGCCAAGCGCGACCGCUACAAGGUGUCCGCCUCGGUGCUGGCCAACAAGGACCGCUUCAAGCUGGGCAGGCCCACGCCGUCCACCGCGACCACCGCCACUUCGGGCGAGAACGUCGACGAGAGGACCAACGAGGCCCUCGACGUCGCGGACUCACUGCCUGCCGCCAGCAGCAGCACCAGCACCGUCGCCGUGGCGGAGGACAGCGCGGAGACUUCGUCCACCGAGACUUCUCCGGCUUCCUCGUCCACGCCGUCCGCGUCGCCGCCGCCGUCGACGGCGUCCUCGGACGAGCCGAGCAGCACCCGCACCCCGCUGAUCCGGCCCCGGCCAGCCUACUUCGGCCAGUCCGCCACCGCCGUGCCGCGACACCGCUUCAGCUCCAGGAUCAAGAACACGGACUACAUCCUGGCCGCGGUAGCCCUGCCCCCCGCGCCCCGAGGCCGCGACUUCGACGACGAGGACAGCACGGAGGAAACCACGGCGACGACGGAGUUCCAGCAAGUUUAG